AGCAAGUGACCUGUAAUGGAGGUGGGAGGAAUAAAGUCAAGUUUCUGAAAUGAUCCACUUCUGCUGCGCUGUGAGGCAGUUCCCCGCGCUGCCUGAUCUCGUGCUGCGCCUGUUCGCAGCGCUACUUAAACAGGAAAUAGAAAGUAAAGUUUAUCGAAUCCUAUCGUCCGGCUUAUUAUAGUUUUCGCGAUAUAUAUUUUCCUCGAUAACUAUCGUUAUCAUUUUAUCGCCCAGCACUACUUCGACAGCAUCUUAUUUGUUUUAUUUCAAAUCCAGUGUGGUGGCACACAGAGCCCAAAUUAUGAAGACUGUCACUGUCCAAAUAUUUAUGGACCUAACUGUACAUACAUACAUACAUACAGUUUUUUAAGUAUACACUGUUCCAGGCCGGUCUUAGGUCAGCCCGGAACAGAAAAUUAAAUAAACCAAAAUUAUUUUAUUGAAACAGAAAUGGGGAAUAUGGUUUCAGGGGUGAGCAUAAGCCAACUCAAAAAACAGAAAUAAAGCCAACUAACUAAACCUGAAAAUAAAGAAAGUUUAUGAGUUUAACUUCUGCUGACAAGGACAGAACGUUUGUCACGUGAUUAGGGGUGAACCGUUUAUUUACUUUCCAUUUCACAGUAUAAAAAGACCUUCUGCACCAAGACUGAGGACCUCAUUUCCAGCUCAACAUAUGAGAAGAUGUAUGUGUUAAAGUAGAGCUGAACAGAACCUUCAUCCAGUUCCGGCUUGAGAAUCUGAACCAUGGCAGAACCCCAGACCAUUGAAAUCGCCUGUUUGGGACGACCGUUCCAACUGGGAAUGCUGUAUGAUUGCCGCAGAGAUGCUCUUAUUCCAGGAUUGACUCUAUGGGAUAGUGAAAUACUGAAGGACAAGAUCAGCGUUCAAAAUCAGGCAAACACUGAUUUUAAAAUCUUUGCAUCAGAUUCAACUGAGGACAAAUCACAUGCUCUUCAUGUCAGCGCAUCACUGGAGGCCAGUUUUCUUUCAGGGUUAGUCAGUGUUAAAGGCUCCGCAGAGUUUCUGAACAACAAGAAAAAGUCGAUGAAGCAGAGUCGUGUCACCCUGCAGUAUCGUGCUUCAACUCACUUUAAGCAGCUCACCAUGGACCAUCUCGGGGCAGGCAAUAUAAAACACCAGAAUGUGUUUGAACAAGGGUUUGCCACACAUGUUGUAACUGCAGUUCUGUAUGGUGCCCAGGCCUUCUUUGUCUUUGACCGUGAGGUGUCCUCAUCAGAGAAAGAGCAGAAAAUAUCAGGGAACCUUCAGGCAGCCAUUAAAAAGAUUCCUUUCAUAUCGAUUGAAGGCCAGGCAUCUCUGGACAUGACUGAAGAAGAAAAUAUGGAAGCAAACAAGUUUAGCUGCACCUUCCAUGGAGAUUUUUCUCUCCCGAGAAAUCCGGUCACCUUUAAUGAUGCAAUUCAGGUCUGUGCAGAUCUAUCGACAAUCCUGGGGAAGAAUGGUGAGAAUGCAGUGCCCAUGACUGUGUGGCUGUACCCCCUGGUAAAACUGGACUCAGCAGCUGCCAAACUGGUGAGGGAGAUUAGCAUAUCUCUAGUUAAACGCUGCAAGUCCGUAUUAGAUGAAUUGGAUGGUUUUGACAUGCGCUGUCAGGACCUGAUAAAAAACAAUGUUUCCAUGAAGUUCUCAGAAAUCGAAAACAAGCUGAAGAAGUUCAGAGAUUUGUGUUCCCAGCACAAGCUCAUAUUCCAGAAAAUACUCUGUCAGCUUUUACCAGUUAUUCGAGGUGGAGGAAAGGAGGAGGAGGCUCUGGCCACAGCACUGAUCAGUUUGGAGCAAUCACCUUUUCGCAGUAACCUGAUUAAUGCCUACUUGAACAAUCGUGAUCGAGAGAUUAAUCUUGUUGAAUCCUACUUGAAGAAAAUGGAAGCAGUUGAUGUGAUCACGUCCAGCAGUGAACUGGAAAAACUCACUCUUGAUUUUAAUAAUGAGUAUGUUGUGGUUUUCGCACUGUCAUCUCUAGAGCAGAAUGAGAAGUACAUCUCGGAUUUAGAGGAAUUCUUGUACAAAUCAAGCAGCGAUGAGACGUUGCCUUAUAAACCAGACCCUUCAAGUGCGUCACAGCAAUGGUUCAACUCCAACGAAGUGAAGGCUUUAACCAGACAAACCGUUCAAUCCUUCUUAGCCUUUUACGAGGCCAACAGGCACAAAGAAAAUGUCAAGUUCUGCAUUGCAUCAAUUCCUGAUACAAACACGCCUGCGGCUUCAGUCCACGUCUAUCAGGAUGGAGAACUCCUAAGUUCACAGUUUCAGCUUCCACAAAAACCAUGUGAUCCAGUCAUCACAAGGGUGGAGCAUGACUGUGUCCAUCUAGAAUUUAAACCUGCCCUCCAUGACACCAACUCUACAGAGUCACACCGUAUAUUGUACCAGAAAAUAAAGUCUUCUGAUUGGAAUAAAGUGGACCUAGAUGGAAAUUUAACUACAGCUACUAUUAAGCAACUAAAGGCAGAUACUGUAUACCAGCUAAAAUGCACCUAUCUGCGUCGUCCUGGAACAAGUCCCUUUAGUGACGUUGUUCAAUUCAAAACCCUUCCAUGUUCACUGCCUGGACCUCCCGAAUUUAGAGCGGCAGAAUUGCACAGCAUUUCGGUAACCUGGAAAAGAUCUGCUUCUUUUGUGAGGAAUGGGAAAGUUCUUGGUUACGUGCUUGAAUAUCAAGAGAACUCAAAAGAUAUGAAUGAUGAUUGCUGGAAGUCCAAAGAUGUCUUAGACAACAGAUACACUGUUAACAACCUGGAAGAAGGCACAGAUUAUGCUAUGAGAGUUUCAGUCAAGUAUAACAAUGGAAAGAGUCUGCCGAGUGCCCAGAGUGUGCUGUGUACUGUUACGCUCUUGGAGGAAUUAAGCCGUAAAACUUUAAUAAGAAGGCAAAAUCCAUUCAUUCAUGAUUUAAAAUUUCCGACCUCACUAAGAAAGCCAAAGGACAUGACAGAUAAAGUGAUCAUGGUAAUUGGAGCAGAUGAAAUGGCCAAAGCAAAUGUCUGUAAUUGGAUGGCCAAUUACAUUUUCGGGGUGAAGUGGGAGGACAACUUUCGUAUCAGGCUGAAAUCAGAUUCUGCUGUUUCAGAAGCUCUAAAUACACCUACUCGGAUUCAUUCAUACAAGCUCCACCACAGAUCAUAUUUUCAGGUGCCAUUCUCAGUAACAAUUGUGGACAUUCCAGGGUUGUAUCAUGCAGACUGCUCUAAAACCAUUCUUGACCCAAUCAAGAUCUCCCUGCCAAGAUCUUCCAGGAUUGAUUACGUUGAUGCGAUUUGCUACAUCUUUCAAUCCAAUCCUGAUCGUAAUUGUUCCUCCACUUAUGAUUUUAUCCUUUCCCUUUUCCCUGAGGAUAUGGCAGGGAAUCUGAUUUUCCUGGAAUCAGGAGAUCAGACAGAGGCAGAGGCCUCCCAAAGCACUGGCAUGUCUGUCCCCAGAAGCUGUUUUAAGUUUAAUACCAAGCCACUCUUUGCACCAAAGAAACAGGAGGUCCACAACCAGUCAACCAAGAGAGCUGAAGAUGGACAGAUGGAGUGGAACUCAAAUUAUGAAGAAAUGAAGGAGUUUUUCAAAGUCCUUGAGGGCAUGGAAAGUAAGGACAUCACUGCAGUAAGAGAGCCAUUGCAUUCUGUGUUGACCCUGCUUUCUGGACAUGACUGAAAUAAGUCUAAUUUUUCCCAAUUUUAUCUGCAGUUUGGAAGGCCAGUUAUCCUGUCCCUGUUUAUGUGAGCUGCCCUUAUCACUAGCAAUGCUAGCCAACAACUAGCUUCAAUGUCAGGCGACAGUGCUAUCUACAGGGGUUGGACAAUGAAACUGAAACACCUGGUUUUAGACCACAAUAAUUUAUUGUCCCGACGGACAGUUCUGGUGGAAACAGAGUUGAGGUGCACAUUGAAUUCUGCCGUGAUUUGGGCAGCUGUGGUUUUAUGUUUUUUGGAUAAAAUCCGGGUUAGCACCCGAACAUCCCUUUCAGACAGCUUCCUCUUACAGCGUCCACAGUUAAUUCUGUUGGAUGUGGUUCAUCCUUCUUGGUGGUGUGCUGACAUUACCCUGGAUACCGUGGCUCUUGAUACAUCACAAAGACUUGCUGUCUUGGUCACAGAUGCACCAUCAAGACGUGUUCUUUUAAACUCUGGUACGUCACCCAUAAUGUUGUGUGCAUUACAAUAUUUUGAGCAAAACUGUGCUCUUACCCUGCUAAUUGAACCUUCACACUCUGCUCUUACUGGUGCAAUGUGCAAUUAAUGAAGAUUGGCCACCAGGCUGCUCCAGUUUAUCCAUGAAACCUCCCACACCAAAAUGACAGGUGUUUAAUUUUCAUUGUCCAACCCUGUUUGUGCACACUCUCAGAACUAGGCUCCAAUAAUAGAAAUCUGCCUGAUUUAGGAUUUAAACAAGACACCUUUGCAAGUAUGUACACAAGUAUAUUUCAGUACUUUCUGAAAGACUUUUCUCAGCAGGAUAGAUUUAGCUUUUUAAAAGAUAGAAGAGUAGAAGAGCUGAAGAGGUCCAUCCGAACUCUUCGAAUAUGGAGUUUUGCUCUAUUAUAUUUUAUGGUUUCUUUAAUUAAAUCUGUGGGUUAAUCUGUGUGUUAUUAAAUCAGUAUUUUGCAUGAUCAGAUGUUAUUCAAGCAUUUAACAUAAAUUAUGAUGAUUCACCUGUAAUCUGUGGUACUCUCUGAUGUGUACAUAAAACAUGCCCUUGGGCGUAAAAUCCAAGGCCGGUUUCUUGCAAGAUUAUGUUGUUUACAAUUACGACAGAUGUAAUCAGGGUUUUUUUGCAAAUCAUGAGUUUUUUCACAAUGUAUAGAAUAUGUAAUCAAGAGUUCUGUUACGUGUAUGCAGUAAAGCUGACAGAGUUCUUGGCUGAUGUUAUGGUUAACAACUUCUACGUGCAUCAAAGAUAGUGGGUAAUCUUCGAAGAUUUGCUUCCUCAAACACAAUUGGGUGCCGGGAGGGUCGGGAGCUGAUAAGACAAGUUUAGGUUAGAGUAUAAUUGGCUGGACAGAGGCCAGAAAGAGGGAGUCAGAAGUGGGAGUCAGGUCACCUGGCGACCCUGCAGCAGUCUUUUUCCAAGAUUGACUCAGAGGGCGAAACACUUCUCAAUGCACAGCUCAGGCCUCUUUUUUUUUUUUUUACCUUUUGAGGUUUUCCUAAUUUGAACUUCUAUUUUAUUUUCUCUAUCAUCUUUUUACUUUAUUUUUCUUGUAUCUUAAAAACUGUUUUGCUCAGAAGAUUUUUUUAAUAAAUCUGGUGAAGGUAUUUUUGGACUGAUGUCUUUCUUCUUUAUGACGUUUUACAUCAGAUACUCCAAAAAUUCCACAGAUCAUUAAUCUUUCAACACACACAGAGUAGUGACUAGGGGCAUCCAGCACACACACAUCCAUAGUGGUAGGCAGCUGUCUUAGCGCUUGCAAUUGGUAAAUAGUUGUCUUGUUCUGUGGAUGUUGUGGGAGGAGAAUGUGCUGUUCCUUAACCCCCUUAACCUAUUACCUGACAGUAAAGUACAUCAAACCAACAACCAUUUGGGUCUCAAACCUACUUCUCCAAAUAUUAGGCGUAAUUAUCACAGAUGACAGUUGGAUAGCCUCCAUUGCCAAAUCGUGCUUGAAUUUUUUUUAUUUUGUGUUUUUAGUAAAAUUACUUCUGUGAAUCUUAUUGAGAGAUACCGUGUAUCAGAG